AUGAAUACAUCUAAUACGGAUGAUAUUACGUACAAGCGUAAGGUGAUGAUGGUCCCAGACGGUGGGAUUGUGGCGUUGGACUUCGCACCAGUAUCCAUGGCUGAGCCCUCAUCAACCGACAGCACGCCCACUGUCGUUAUUCUACACGGACUUACGGGUGGCUCUAAUGAGUCAUAUGUGCGAAAUGCUAUUGCACAGCUGAUCAAGAGCCGUGAGGAGGGAGGUGCAGGUGUCCGAUGCGUAGUUGUUAACUUUCGUGGAUGUGCACAAACACCAUUGACGUCUCCUCAGCUUUACUCGGCGUGCAAGGUCACAGAUCUUGAGUCGGCGCUGCUGCUCCUUACGCGCAUGUUCCCUCAGUCGCCUAUGGUAGGGCUAGGCUUCUCGUUAGGUGGCUCGAUUCUCACUCGGUACAUGGGCUUGACCGGGAAAAACACCCCCCUCAUAGGCGCCAUACCCGUGGGUGCGCCCUUCGACUUGAGCAAAUCGAGCGCAUCCCUCGAGUCAACAUCAUUGAACAGAAUUUAUGCGAAGGUGCUGGGCUCUAGCUUGUACAAAAUGGCCCAACGGCAUGCUGACGUGCUUGCCCUGUCGCCUGAUCUAUGGGAACCUUUAGAGUUGAUAUUCCGCACCAAGAUUGAUCCGGACGCAUCUAAACCUGUGGCAAAGCCAACUUUCGAGUCGCCUCAGUACUGUACGCUUCGAUUUGUCGACCACGUCAUGACGCGUGUCGCCGGUGGUCUACCCACUCCCUACGGUGACUUCCCGUUCUCGUCGGCUGAGGAGUACUACAAAUCCAGCAGUCCUCAGAAUACGCUUGCAAACAUUGCGAGACCAUUGCUGGCACUCUCCGCGGAUGAUGAUCCAAUCGUACCACUAGAGACGCUUGAGGCUGCGAUUACCGGUGUCAAAAAGAACCAGAAUCUUGUUCUUGCGCACAGCCAGUGUGGCGGGCAUUUGGGCUGGUUUGCGGGACCUCGUGGAGAACGUUGGAUCAAGCAUCCCAUUACAGAGUUUGUUUGUGCGUUAUGUGACGCGCAUGCAGCGUCAAAGGUAAAUGCCUUGGGCAAAGGGUUGGGCACGGGCGGCCCUCAGGCCAGCGCUUGGAGAUGGCGUUCAAUCGACAAGCGCUCGGUUCAAGUAGAGGUGCUACCAAAGUCUCAAGUUCCAUCCGUGCUUCCCCAGUCUCUUCGUGCUGCUUCCGAACCAGAUAAUGAACUAAGCAACGAACUCGUUUGGCUUCGUUCUCAAGUAUUGCCACAUCUUCCUUUGCGCCAUCCGAACGAUUCACCGGCUAAGAGACAAGACAUUCCGAAAGGCCGCAUGCUCUCGUUGACAUUGGUAUGUACUCGUAUAUGCGGCUAUUGUGGUUGGCAUUCGUUCAUAAGGCUAACGCGCGACCUGCCACAGCAUUCCGACUCAAUCCGUCCAGAGGUGGGCUUUAUCGAAUUGCCAGAUGACGUUCGUGUUGCCGUAUUCAUCCCAUCACCGCGUAACACUCAGAUACGGCAGGACUGUCACAUUGUUUCCAGCCCCUAG